AUAAGUCAACCACAAAGAGAGAAAGAAACAAAUAAGAAAGAAAUAAGCGAAGAACUAAUUAGAGAUCAGCAGUUAAUGGGGAGCUUAAGGUUGAGCACAGUUGGAUCUAUUGCAGUAGUCGUUUGUAUCUCCAUCCUCCUCAUAUCUCCUAUAGAAGUGGAUGGGUGGGGAAAGUGUGACUACCGAAAGGGUUUAUGUAGUACUGCGGCCACGAGCUCUACUUGCGAUGAACCAUGCAAGGCAUUGGACAGCAAGUAUCAUGGAGGUGAAUGCUUAAACGUUGGUGGUGGUCAAGGGAUAUGUUGGUGCUGCCAUGAUUAUGAUGCAAAGAGAGGUGCUGAAAAGGAUAGCAUGUGAUUGCAGAUGAUAGAAAACGACGUCACUUUGUGUAUGUGUGUGUGUGUUUUGGGAUUUGCAUGUUCAUCUCACAUCCAUGUUUGAGUGUUUUCCUUCUACUUUGGGGGUAUCAAAUAAAGCUUUGGCUUUUGCUAUAAAACUAGCUGUCUAAA